GCAGAAGGCAGGAAGGUGCAAAACAGAUUUCUUUCUACUUCCGGUGCGUUGUUUCCUCGCGUUUCCGGAAACUGGAGGGGCGUUGAUAUCGCGAGAAGCGGGAAAGGGCGCAGGGUUUGAAACAUGGCGGACGACGUGGACCAGCAACAAACUACCAACACCGUAGAAGAGCCCUUGGAUCUCAUCAGGCUCAGCCUGGAUGAGCGAAUUUAUGUGAAAAUGAGAAAUGACAGAGAGCUUCGAGGUAGAUUACAUGCUUAUGAUCAACAUUUAAAUAUGAUACUGGGAGACGUGGAAGAAACUGUGACUACUAUAGAAAUUGAUGAAGAAACAUAUGAAGAGAUAUACAAAUCAACAAAACGGAAUAUUCCGAUGCUCUUUGUCCGGGGAGAUGGUGUUGUAUUAGUUGCCCCUCCAUUGAGAGUUGGCUGAAGCAAAGAAUUUAUCCUGUGUGGAAAAUAGGAGACUUUGUAUGGUUGCUUCUUUAAAUGUAGAAGAUAUUCAAAAGAGAAACCAGAAAUUUUGAUAUUAAGAAAUGACCAAGGAUUCUUCCACUCCUGAAAUGAGUUGAUUUGCUGAUAACUCACCAGUUCUUAAGCUAAAUGGCAUUUUUAUUUUUCUCCAACUCUUCCAAUAAAUGUGAUCACUAAGAUUCAACACUCUUUUUUAAGAGUUGAUUUGCUCCAUUGCUUUUUCAGACAAUUUGAUUUUUUAAAAUUUACAUUAAAUUUGA